AUGUCCACAGAGACAGUCAAGGUCAACGUCGAGUUCGGCGGAGGCACCGAACUGCUGCUCGCCCCACCGCACGAGAAGAAGCACAAGCUCACUCUACCACGAAACGAUGCAGCAGGUAACGAGACCAAUGUGACUUUCCUCAUCGAACACAUUCGCAAGAACCUCAUCACAGAGCGGGAAGAGCUGUUUGUCGACGGUGACUCAGUUCGCCCCGGCAUCCUCGUGCUCAUUAACAACGGAGACUGGGAGCUGGAAGGAGAGGGCGACUACGUGUUGCAAGACGGAGACGAGAUCGUAUUUAUCAGCACAUUGCAUGGAGGCUGA